CCGCGGGUUGGAGUGCUGUCGUCACACAAAUCUUUGGUUGUCAUUCCCCGAGCCCACCGGUGUGCGUGUCGAGCAUCGGAUGAUUUCGCGAGGGCGGUGCCAAGUCGGAGGAAAUCGUGUCGUGGACGGACCGGCUCCUGAGAAAACCGAAGAGGAUCUCACCGGUAGUUGCAUCUUCUUCAUCAGCGCCGUUGCUUUUCACACGGACAAGCCCCUGUUUUAGCUAGCUCAUUUGCUAACCAACGUUAGCCGUUUAUACCAACCAGUUCAUAAAACAACUGUUAGCUAUUUUUUUUAUGUCCCGAAUUCCAGAAAUAUCUGUUAAUUAUUCGAAACGGAAAAUUAACCACAUUAUGGAGACUGAGAUACACGUGCCUGUUGGGUCGCCGGUAAUUCGAAAAUUCCCGAUUUUCGUGGAGGAAAAUAAUGUAACGGAUGGAGCAAUGAAGCUGAUAAAGCAGCUUCGGCCAGCGUGGGACAUGAACCAUGUCAAGACCAAGCUCUUCACUGAUGGGACCACUAAUAAGCUGGUUGGUUGUUAUGUGGAGGCGAGUCCAGAAGACGUGGUUCUGGUACGUGUGUAUGGGAACAAGACGGAGCUGAUUGUCGACCGAGACAACGAGCUCAAGAGCUUCCAGGUGCUGCAUGCUAACGGCUGCGCGCCGCGGCUCUACUGCACCUUCCAGAAUGGUCUUUGCUACGAGUUUAUGCAGGGGGACGCCCUCGGAACACAGGACGUCAGGGAUCCAACCAUACUCAGACUGAUAUCCAGGGAGAUGGCUCAUAUCCAUGCGAUCCAUGCACACAACGGCUGCAUCCCCAAACCCAAUCUGUGGAUUAAGAUGAGGAAAUAUUUCUCUCUGGUCGCUACAGAGUUCACCGACCAAGCCUCCAACACCAGGAUCCAGCAGGAGGUGCCCAGCCAGGCAGUGUUGGAGCAGGAGAUGGUGUGGAUGAAGGAGCACUUGUCAAAGCUGGGCUCUCCUGUGGUGCUCUGUCACAACGACCUGCUCUGCAAGAACAUCAUCCACAACAGCAAAGAGGGCCAUGUCCGGUUCAUAGACUAUGAAUACUCUAGUUACAACUAUCAGGCCUUUGACAUUGGGAACCACUUCAACGAGUUUGCAGGUAUGAGUGAGCUGGACUAUGGGCUGUAUCCUAGCCGUGAGAUGCAGCUGGAGUGGCUGCGUGUGUAUCUGCACGCGUACAAGGCGUCCACUAAGAAAGGAGAGGAGGUCAGCGACAGAGAGCUCGAGACUCUCUACGUACAGGUCAACAAGUUUGCCCUGGCGUCACACUUCUUCUGGGGCUUCUGGGCACUCAUCCAGGCCAAGUACUCCUCCAUAAAUUUUGACUUCCUGGGCUAUGCUGUGCUGCGUUUCAACCAAUACUUCAAGACCAAGCCUGCAGCGAUGGCCCUACAGAUCCCAGAAUGAGAGGGGAAUACAAGAGAAGAGAUUCACCGGCACUGACCAGGGGAGCAGACCCACUUUGAGCAGGAGAGGACUGGGAUGGGUGACAUGGGUUGGGGUUCAUGUUUAGGGCUGAGUAUGUGGUUAAGGCAGCGGUGUCAAACUCAUUCCAUUGAGAGCCUAGUGUAUGCUGGUUUUUCCUUUCAAUAAAGCCCUAGACAACCAGGUGUGGGAAGUUCUUUACUACUUAGUGACCUUUAUUCAUCAAUCAAGUACAACGGAACAGCGAAAACCUACAGACACUUGGCCCUGGAAUGAGUUUGACACUUGUGGGUAAUAACAUUAAGGGGACAGUGUGGAUGGACCCCAACAUAAAACACUAUUUUAUUCCUAUUCAACUCAGUCCACCUGUCUCAGCACUCAAGAUCCCAAUCCGCCACAGUUGGUGUGUUUUCAUUUUUUAUAUUUGAUUUAUUCUAUGAAGAAUGGAUUGAUCCAGUGAGAUUCAUUCCCCAGACACAGGUAGCUGGAACACUAGUUUUUGGUGCCGACAUGGAGGACAGUGUGCAGACACAGUUAUGUAUAAGUGUGUUUCUGGGUUUAGUCUUUGGCUGUCGCUGCUCAAAGCGUUGUGGGACAGAGGAGGCAGUCAUCGUCAACCCCCUAAGCCCUUAGCUUUGGCACUGAUCUAAUAGGAUUUAUUUUUUUGAUUUAAUAAUGGAGAGACCUUGAAAUUAGUGUAUAUGAUAUACAUCAAAAUUUACAAAAGCCAAACAACAAAAAUAAAUUGGAAAAAGGGCCCGCAAACUGAGUGAACAGUAACUUGAAGUCCAUUCUCUCAGAUCAACACAAAGUGGCUAGGGGUUGAUUUAGUACUGGCAAGUAGUUGAUUUUCAGUAAAGGGACCAUAAAUGUGAUGGGAAGAGAGGGGCUAGACAGGACAGUGAUAUGGUAGUUUAAUAAUGUCUGAUGGCAGAGCAUCUUCAGUUGCCAGGAGCAGCUUUGCGUCACUGAUGCUAAACUUUAAACCAGUUCUCCCUCUUAGCCUCUUUUCCACCACUUUAGCUUUUAUGGUGAUUCGCUCUGUUAGACUUUCCACCCCUCACAGACCAUUUGGAAAAUCCCAACCUCAAUCACCCUUGUCACACCCCUUCCCCCUGCCCCCUCUUUACCCCUCUUCCUCCCCUUUCUCUCUCCUUCUUCUGCCCUAUAUCGCUUCCUCCUCUCCCCUCUCUCUUGAUUGGCUGGGAAGGGACUUUUGCCUGAUGUGCACAUACUUACUAUAACAUCCCAACCUCUCCCCACCCCCUAUCAGGUUACAACUUCCCUAAAAAGGAGCCAAAACCUUAUAUAAUGAGGUUACUUAAACCUCAUUACUGAAACUGUGUGUUAGGUCAGGGCAAAUCGAGGCUUCAAAGGGUCUGGGACCAGUAAUCCUGGGCUGGUGUUUUUGUUCUGAAGCUUGUCUAUGAGGAUGUGAGUGAGGUGACCAAGGACAAGACAGCAGGAAGUCCACACUAAGCCAGCAGUCACUUCUCUAGCUGGCAUCACGGCACACAGGUCUUUGGAGGGUCGCUGGACCAAAUAACUCCAACACCCUUCCUUACCCCAGGCAGCAAGCCCCUCCAGACUAGUUCUGACCUCUCCAUCCAGGCAUUCAGCCCUAGUUCAGUUUUCUCUAUCUGAAUUGUUUGCAAUUCAGUGCUUUUAAAGGUCACCUUAUGUUGGCUCUUUCCUCUCCAACAAGCCCUCAGAUCAGAGGGUCAACAUAAAAAAUGGAGAGCCAUGUUAAAGUAUAGAGAUACGGGUAACUGACAAUAUAAUGGAAACGCUUGUGUAAAUGCAGCAUAUAUUGAAAGCAUGUGCUUCCACACAGGUGUGGCUCCUGAGUUAAUUAAGCAAUUAACAUUCCAUUAUGUUUAGGUUAAUGCAUAAAAAAUGGUGGGUAAAGACAUUUUGGCCACAUGGCUAUGCCCCCAUAGGAUGACAAUUCCCCCAUCCACAGGUCACUGAAUGAGCAUGAAAACAAUGUAAACCAUAUGCCAUAGCUGUCUGUCACCAGAUCUCAACCCAAUUGAACACUUAUGGGAGAUUCAGGAACAGCGCCAUCAGCAAAACACCAUCUCAUGGAAUUUCUAGAGUUCCAGACACUUGUAGAAUCUAUGCUAAGGUGCAUUGAAGCUGUUCUGGCUCGUGGUGGCCAACGUCGUAUUUAAGACGCUUUAUGUUAGUGUUUCCUUUAUUUUGGCAGUUACCUGUAUAUCGUCCAGCCUGUCCUGUGACUCUUCCAAAUUACCACUAGGGGGAGAAAGGGAGUGCUGACCCCUGCCUUGCCCUCCCCUGGUUUUCUCCUGUUACUGACGGGGUUAAUAAUUCACCAGUCUGACAGAGGGGACAUCAAUCAUUCAGCAGACCGUGACACUGUGGCUUACCAGCCUGAGCAGGCCAGGCCCAUAACUCUGGCCUGGAGUCAAGAAAGCCCUCUCACCUGUCAGUCACUAACAUGAGUUAAUCAUUUAUCAUUAGUAUUUUUUUUAAACACAAUGUUGAAGAGAAGGACUCCCUGCAAUUCCUGCCUGGUUGUUAUGAGGAGUCACUAGCCUCGCGUGCCAGGCCUCUUUGAUCCCCUAGUAAAUGCCAAAAUAUGUUGUCUGGCAACGUGGUGAGACUGAUGAGUCCCUAAGCAGCCUCUUGGUUGGGACCGACUCAGAAGAGCUCGCCUUUUUGUCCCUCGUCACCAGCCAUACAGGCUGGGAGGGUAGAUGGAGUAAAGCCAUUGUCACCAACUCUGGUCCUAGAUACUAACACACAUGGUUCCACUAAUUGGUGUGUUAAUGCUGUGUGGAACAAAAGCCUGCAACUCUCCAGGACCAGGGUUUUUGACCACUGGAUUAGUGUUAAUCAGAGCAUCCACAACAUAUAGAAAUGCAACAAAUGGAAUGGAAAUGACUCGUACGUAGGAUUGGGUCCACUCCAUACGGUACAUUUCAAUCUGCAACAUUCCAAACCUAUUACCCCUCUGAGUCUGUGUUUGAGGGUUUUUAUGAGAGAGGAGUUGGUUGUGAGAAGAACCUUUUAUUGUAGUGUUUCCUAAAUGGAUGAUCGAGGCCAAUCCCUCACAGGCUUUAUGUGAGUCACAACUCCCCAUCUGCUCUACGUGAUAUUAGCCAGUAGACCUUGGGUUGAACUGAGAGCUGACAAGUGCUGAUUGAAGAGCGCAAUGAAUUCUUGUUUAUCGUAAAUGUAUAUAUGUGAAUGUGUUUCCUUUGAAUGACCCGUAACAUUUCAAUUGAAACUAAAACUGUAUUCUCUUGUUAGGGUGCAUCUCUGUGUUGCUUUCAUCCUGUGUUUGGUGAUUUCUAAGGAGAGAUUAGUAGGGGAAGCCACUUUUAGAUUGAGACACCAUAAGAGUAUGAGGAAGAUAAGGUGGUUGAGAUGUUCUAUGCACCAAAGCACUCACUGGGGUCUGUGGUUCCUAUUCAGAAGUCACUAGAUGGCCAAACAAGUUCACUGAUCAAGAAUGUUUUUGUUUUUUGUUGAAGGGUAAAUGUUGCAACAGGUAUGAAUAAGUUGGGAUUAAUGGUUAAAAUCUCAUUUGUGAUUAGAAAGCGACAACCUAAUUCUAUCUUUAAUAACAUGGCCUGAUGGUGGUGUUAUAAAGGAGUGCUUUCUGAAUGCUCAAUCAACCAAGAAGGAUCCUGGGUUUCAUGGAAAUGCACCCACUUAUUGAAGGUUAAGGCUGCUUUUCUAUUCUCAACCCUGCCCCACAUUCUGCCUAUGCCCGUGUUAAGUCCCCCAGGCAGAUGUUAAAGCUUUGGAUAAGUGUAAAUGGUGGAAACGCCCUCCUGCCUGACACUCCAAUCCUCUCAGAUCUUUGAGGGCACAUGGACGGGAGCGAGUUGAAGAAUCGGACCCUACUGUAGGAGUAGCUAUAUAGUAGUACCAUACAAUACAUCAUAUGCCUUCCCUGGAAGACCAUUGAUUUCCAUUAGUAUUAUUGCGGGUGUCCUAGAAGACGUUGCACACUUCCAUUCAGUGAUUCAUUAAAGUUAGGUAAGAUCCGGAACUGAGGUGUGCGUGCACUAAUGUGGGACCUGAUUUUGUUAUUCCAGCAUAGGAUAUGUGAUGGCUAUGGAAGGCUUAUAUCCUGAUGGUGUUUUUAGAGUAGAAAUGCUUAAAGGAGGUAUUUAUUGGGUGAACCGGUCAUUGCAUUUCUUUCAUAAAAAAAUAUAUAAACAGUACUUGGUUAGCGUC